CAUAUUUUUUACAAAAAAAAAUCUAAUUGAUGCAAUUUUGUUCAAAAAGAAAACAGUUCGUUCGCAGAGGUCAAAUUUGACAGCUGAUUUUUUUCUUGAACGCAGUGUCGCGGUCUGGCCCGUACGGUUUGCUACUUUUUCAGCUGCAGUUUCGGUUCCUUCCAGUCCACCUACAGAAAUCUUUCACAUUCAUUAUGAUAGAUGUUAAGCAAAACAUUACUGAUAAAAACUACGACAAGGUGUUGGAAACGUUAAACUCGUUGAAUAUAAGCGAUACCGAUGCAGAAACGUUCCGACAAGAAGUGUCUAUUUUGAUAGAAAGUUUUUACGUGUGCCAUGAUUCGGAGGAGGAACCCGCGAAUCGCAUUGCCAUCAAGUGCUUAAACUUACUGAAACGAGCUUGCGCCCGAGGAGAAUCGUUUCAAAAUGCCAUCGUAGCUCGUGUGGAAUUCCUGGAACGUGUUCGGGAUAUAUUGGAGAACGAACAGGGCACUAUACCUGAAAAUGUCCGAUCCAAUUGUCUUCAGCUGUUGGCCAAUCUCUGCGUACAGAACAUGUGCAACCAGGAACGAAUCAUUACGUUUAUGAAUACGUUUUUGCUCAAAAAUGUAUCAUCCAACGGAGGGUACUCAAACGCUUCGGCAAUGAUUUUGUACAACGGCUUCCUCUAUAAGGCAGUGAGCUUAAAUUUGCACGACAUUUUGAAUCGGCUGCUAGAAAACAUUGAAGCCAACCGUUUGGCACAAACAAAUGUGCCGGAAUUUGUAUGCAUAUUCUUGGAGUACCUUAUCGUCGAAAGCAACGAGAUGGUGGAGGUGUUGGAGAAGAUCGAUGUCAGCAAAAAGCUGCUGCUUUACCGCUACCUCAUCGAGUACAUAAGGCAAGAGGACCGGCGCAUUCAUCCGAUCCACCCGGAUGUGUUCAAACAUUUGCUGGCCGAGUUUAAGAAGAAAUCGGACAUGAUACUCAAAACCGAUAACGUGCAGCUCGAUGCCCAGGACACAGAGGAAGCGUUUACGCUGCUAGUUUUAAUCGCUGAUGCGUCGUGUGUGGAACCGUAUGGAUCGUUUCUACGCCACGACGGGGGGCUAUUUUUAAAUCUCGGAUGCCUUUUGCGACAAAUGCAGCUGCUCGGCAAGUCCGAUAUGAAGAACAUGUUCACACCGGUGCAGAAAAUAGAAGAAAUUUUGAAAAUUAAGCAAGGCGACAGUAACCUGGACAUCGAGACCCAGAUUUCUUACUCUUUGCGAUCAGCGGUCGUAAAAGCGUUAGCAAAUUUGGCAUACAAAUCAAAGAAAAAUCAAAAGCUAGCCCGUGAGAUGAACAUUAUAGAAGCGAUUUUGGAAUGCACUAAUCUGGACGCUCGCAAUCCGCUCAUUAAGGAAUGGAGCAUUCUGGCGAUCCACAACCUGUGUGACGAUAAUGUAGAAAAUCAGCAAUUCAUAGCGGGAUUGAAGAAGCUGGCAGAUGCAGAAAACUCGCUUAUCACGGAGUACAAAUCAGGAACGAUUCGAAUCACCGAUGGAAGACCAUCAAACAGUGGUGAUGCAAAAGGCGGUUCUACGUAGAGUUAUUUUUGGAUCAUUUAUUUGCUAUCUUCUUUGACUAAGACCGAGGGAAAAGUUUGGUAGGAAACUGUUCGUAAAAAAGUUGAGCGUUUGGCUUACUGAUAGGCUUUGGCGAUGAUCUGGAAAAGAGAAACAUACAUCCAUGUACGAUACGUACAUUCGUUAACCAUCAAUCAAUAAAAUUGACCAGUGUUACUAACUA